AUGGUUUCCUCUCCUUAUUUGUCCAUCCUCCCAUCAGCAUGGUUCGUAUCGAUGGCACCAUGGAACAUCUAUCACGGUGGUCUUCAGUUCAGAUGUUCAGAGGUUCUCAAAGCAAUUCGAACUCUAGCUGGUGGUGCUCACGAGGAUUUGGACAACGAGAUUAAGAACAUGACGAAAUUCGAAUAUGGUUGGAGUGUUAUUAAAGCUCUUAGAAUGGCUCUAUCGGGUGAUAUGAUACCCGGCCUCGAGUGGCGUAACUUUGGUAUAUUGAGACUCAGAGAUUUCUGGCCAGAUGAGUACACCAACCGCACCAAAGUUGGCGUCAUGACCGGUGAGCAGUUUGACGAGCUGAAGCGUUGGUUCGUUGAGGACUGGGCUAGAUCCAGAGACACCUUCGAUCCUAUCACUAUCAUCAAUGCCGAUACAGGGGGUCGCAUUUGGAUGAGCCGUAUGUGCCAUGAUUUGGUCGAAUACGGUUUCAAGAGGUUGGCCGAGAUGAAAAUUAUUGCCAUGGACCUCGUGCCAGUGGGCUACCUCAUGGGGCAAUACUAUGAGGCUGAGGUCGUGUCUCCUCUCGUGAACUACUGCUAUGUGCCAUUGCGUAUGCCCCGUACACUGGCGAACGGCACUGUUGUUUUUGGCCAAGUUGAUGCCAUGAAUAACAACCGUUCACUGUGCGCGUUGAAGAACAGCGAUGUGAUAUUGGAGUACGAGCCAUCGCCAGCGUAUGAGCCUGACGACACCGUAGAUAUCUAUGUUGGAGAAUACAAGAUUGCUUCAUGGUUCGUAUCGAUGGCACCAUGGAACAUCUAUCACGGUGGCCUUCAGUUCAGAUGUAGGAGGACGAAUUACACGUAUACUAUAGAUUAUAAUGCCAAGUUUGAUUCAAACAUAACGCACUUUCUGGUACCCACCGAGAAGUACGAAGGACAUCUCGACGAUGACGGUUUCCCUACUGGGGAUAUGAUUCCUGGUCUGGAAUGGCGUAAUUUUGGCAUAUUGCGAUUCCGAGAUUUCUGGCCCAAAGAGUACAGCACGCGGACGUUGGUUGGCAACAUGACUGGUGGUCAAUUUGACACCUUCAAGCGAUGGUUCUUGGAAGAUUGGGCACGUCCAAGGGAUACCUUCGAUCCUGUUACUGUGAUCAAGGUCGACUCAGGCGAGCGAAUAUGGAUGAGCAGAAUGUGUCACGAUCUGGUUGAGUACGGUCUCAGACAGUUGGUUGAAAUGGGAAUCCCACUACGAUCAACCAAGUCAGUUUUUCGUGAUCAUAUUCCUGUCUAUGUGAACUACAUCAAACCACUAGACGUUCGAGGCAACGGUUUUGACCGACGUGCCGUUGUGAGGUUCCUUCGUCUCUAUAUGUCUUUUAUACCACAAAUGCGCGAACAGUUCAUCCAUUCAAGAGAUAUGCUCAGAAAGGCGCUGGCUAUGGGCCUCAUUCCGGUUGGAUACUUCAUGGGUAGCUACUAUGAGCUCGACAUCGUUCCACCUCUCAUCAACUAUUGUUACAUUCCUCUUAACAUGCCUCACCUAUUACCGAAUGGAUCGGCUGUUUUCGGCCCAGUCGACGCGAUGAAUCCGAAUCUCUCACUGUGUGCAUUGCCGAAUGUUAAUGUGGAACUGGGCAACGUCACGCUCACGAUAGAGGACCGUCUUAUUAUGCUAGAGAACUAUCUGGAUCUCCUAUUCAAUGCUCCUGAGCGACUCCGGCAUCCGAAGCAUCGUAGCGUUUUUAUGAUGGUCACAGGAACGAUUGUAUGCGGCCUCCUCAUGAUUGUGUACUGGCUGCGAAGUCACAAACCAUGA